AUGAGUGAAGUACUACCCAGAUCCGAUGAUUUAGAGGCUACAUGGAACUUUGUCCAGCCAGGGAUAAAUCAGAUUUUGGGGAAUGAACACUCGUUGGAAACCACUGCGGACAAAAGGGUGGACAAAGUCUUGUCCCCCUCGAUGUACAUGGAGGUGUACACCGCCAUCUACAACUAUUGUGUGAAUAAAUCUCGAACUACGGGCCAUUUCAACGCGGACAAGCCCAGUCUAACAUCUCAAAAUCAAACGUCCAUUUUGGUUGGGAGUGAAAUCUACGACAAGUUGAAGAGGUACCUAAGGGACUACAUAUCCAACUUCCAAAGGCGCCCCAACGAGACCUUUUUGAGCUUUUACGUGAGGCACUGGAAGAGGUUCACCAUUGGUGCUAUCUUCUUGAACCAUACUUUCGACUACAUGAACAGGUACUGGGUCCAAAAGGAGCGGAGUGACGGUAAGAGACACAUCUUUGACGUCAACACUCUGUGUCUCAUGACGUGGAAGGAGGUCAUGUUCGACCCGAACAGUGGAAUGUUGGUUGACGAAAUCUUAGGCCAGAUUACAAGCGAGCGUGAAGGUCGUGUCAUCAACCGUGGGAGUCUGACUACAGUGAUCAAGUCCUUCGUUGCAUUAGGUAUCGAUCCUCAGGAUCUGAAGAAGCUGAACUUGAACGUUUACAUUCAAGUCUUUGAGAAACCGUUUUUGAGUAAGACUGAGCAGUACUAUCGGGAUUACUCAGAAACGUAUCUGCAGACACACUCUGUUACGGAAUACAUCACCGAGGCGCAGAAUAUCAUUCAGCGGGAGGAACAGGGCAUGGCCAUAUACUGGGACGACCACACCAAAAAGCCCUUAUUUGUCACUUUGAAUGAGGUUCUGCUCAAAGACCAUGCUGAAAAACUGCAGGCUGAGUUUAUCAAGCUGCUAGACUCUAGGAAUGAGGCACAAAUAAGUGCGCUGUACUCCUUGAUGCAGAGAGAUUUUACGCUGCUCCCCAAACUGGCGUCUGCAUUUGAAGAAUACGUGAAACUUACCGGUGAAAAAGAGGUCUCUAAGUUGAUCUCUGCGCAUAAAACGGCUAUCAUGAAGGAUAGUGGCAACAACACUAAUAGUAAUAAUAAUAACAACAACAAAAAAAUGGCAUUGGCAGCUACAAACACUUUACCCCCCAAGGAGUACAUUAAGAAGCUUCUUGAAGUGCAUCGUUUGUUUAAGAGAAUCACGUCCAAUUGUUUUGAAAACAACAUUGGGUUUGUCAAAGCUUUGGAUAACGCGUGCCGUGCGUACAUCAACACGAAUGAGUUUGCCAUGCCUCCUGGCUCGUCUCGUAUCGCAACCUCCAAGACUGCUGAAAUGCUGGCCAAAUACAGUGACCAGCUACUGAAGAGGUCUACGAAACCGGAGAUAUUGAAGGACAUGUCCGUUGACGACAUCAUGAUGGUUUUCAAGUUCCUUAUUGACAAGGAUGCGUUCGAAUCGCACUACCGGAGACUGUUUGCUAAGAGGCUGAUUCAUGGUACCUCCACCGCUGCAGAGGAUGAGGAGACUGUCAUUCAAAGGCUUCAAAGUGAGAACAGCAUGGAGUACACGGGUAAGAUCACCAAGAUGUUCCAAGACGUUCGGCUGUCCAAGAUCCUCGAAGGUGAAUUCGACAUAGCAAUGAAGAAAGCGGAAGAUUACUCACCAGCUACGUGCCCCGAGUUGCAACCUUUUGUUCUUGCCGAGAACAUGUGGCCGUUCUCGUACCAGGACGUUAGCCUAAAACUUCCUGAUGAGCUAAUGGACUCGCACCAGAAGCUAGCGGACAUGUACACGUCAAAGCACAACGGGCGUGUGUUGAAGUGGCUGUGGCCUCUGUGCAGGGGUGAGCUGCGUGCCGAUAUCGGUAAGCCCGGCAGGCCGCCAUUCAUAUUCACAGUAACUUUAUUCCAACUUUCGAUUCUGAUGCUGUUCAACAGGGGGGACGUACUGACGUUGGAGCAGAUCCAGGAGGGCACCAAUCUGUCUAUCCAAAACAUCGCCGCAUCCAUGGUUCCCUUUAUCAAGUUCAAGCUGCUACAGCAGACGCCACCAGGGUUGGACUCGUUGAUCAAGCCGGACACGGAAUUCAAGCUGGCGAGCCCAUACAAGGCACUGAAAACGAACAUUAAUUUCGCAGGUGGUGUUAAGAACGACAUACUGAGCUCGCUGACCAGUGGUGCCGGUGGUGCAGGCGGCCACGGUGGUGACGGUGUUCCGGGGGACUCCGCCCGCCACGGAGAAAUGACGGAGGCGGAGGAGACGGAGAAGGAGAUCGCCACAGCACGACAGAUCUUCCUGGAGGCGUGUAUAGUGCGUAUAAUGAAGGCGCAACGGAAGUUGCCGCACUCGAUGCUAGUCAACGAGUGCAUUGCGCAGUCGCAUACGAGAUUUAACCCGAAAGUGUCGAUGAUCAAGCGGGCGAUCGACUCACUGAUACAGAAGGGUUACCUACGGAGGGGCGAAGACGGGGAGUCCUACACCUACCUGGCGUAG